UAUAAACACAUACAACCUAGAGUGUCAGUAGUGUCAGUUAAGUGUGUUCAUAUGCACAAUCAUUACGUACAAUCCAUUUGUCCAUUAUCGAGAGAUCUUCAGCCAAUGCGGCUGUUGGACACGUAAUGGGCGGAAGAAUAUCAACCUGACCCCAAUCAAUUCAUAUCCGUAAUCAAUAUGCCUUCAACUACCCCUAAAGGUUAUUCAACCUAAUGGACCACACGUACAUGUACAUUUUAAUGAGGAGCCAAGGAUAAUGGAAAAAGAUUGUUUUUGAUUUUUGCCUUUAUAGUGGAUAGCAAAGCUUCAGAUAAUUAUGACCCUAAUUCUUGAUGCCAGUUGAUAAAGGAAUGGGUAAUAAAGAACAAGAGUGAUGGAGGUCGGACACAAUGCCUACAGACAUUUUGAUGAUCAACUUUAAUAUGAAGUGAAUAACACUGAGAAUGUAUGAGGACGAGCAUCAUUUUACAACAGUGAUCAGGAGGAAUUGGUGCUGUCCCAUUCAAGCUCCAAGAGGAACCAUAGAUACAACUAUUUAUUGUAUUUCUGUGAACAUGGCCUCAUCAGAUAUGACAGACAUGAGCGUAAGCUCAAGCUGGCAAUAUUCUUCUGAGGACAACAUCACUGCUUGUGACGGAGUUGUUACUGGUGAGCCUGCCGCUAUAUUCAUGUAUGUAAUAAUGGCUCCGACAACCAUUCUGGUGGUAAUUCUUAACCCGCUGUGUCUUGUCGCUCUACGACGCACCAGCGGCAUUCAAGAUACCACCAAGACAUUUUUGGCGUCUCUGACCAUUUCUGAUCUCUGUGCUGGGAUCUUCUGGGGAAUUCCCAAACUGAUCGAAUACGCAUCUGUGGUAACACCAGCACUUGAAAGUUUCAUUUGCAUCACGGUUUACCAUGUGGCCUAUUUAUUUUUCACAACAAGCAUAUUGUCCCUACUUCUUAUGACAAUUGACCGCUACAUCGCUAUCGCCCAUUCCCUGCACUACCCAAGUCUCAUGACCCCUCGGAGGUCAAAGGUCAUAGUUGCCCUGGUAUGGGCUGCAGCAUUUGUCCUACAUGCUUCUUUCGCUAUCACGAUUGAAGCACAGAGUACGUACCUCUGCAAAUAUUCGUGUUACGUUUGCGAAUAUAUUUACAUCUGUAUAGUCGUAAUCUCUCUCGGGAUCAUCUUGGUGCUUUACGUGCGCAUCCUGAAAAUCGCAAGGCAUCAGGCACGUCGCAUUGCUGCACAGAAUCAAGUUGCCAACCCUCAAGGAGAGCAGAAUGCCCCGCAUCGAGUCAGCACCAGGUCUGCUACGACAGUGAUCAUGGUGACUGGAUCAGCAUUCCUGUGCUGGGCUCCGCAGAUUGUAUAUGUCACCCUCGUUCAGGAAGUGGAACAAUAUCCGUGUGCCAUCACUUACAUCACAGAUAUCUUAUUCUUGACCAAUGGCUGGCUGAAUGUCGUCAUUUACUACUGGCGGAACAGGGAGCUACGGAAAGCAAUGCGCAGCUUGGUAACAUCACAUCACCACAUGAGUGUUAGUACAUGGGGAAAUUCUUUUGAGGACAACAUCACUGGUUGUUACGGAGUUGUUACUUGUGUGCCUGUUGCAAUAAUCACCUAUGUAAUAAUGGCUCUGACAACCAUUCUGGUGGUCGUUCUCAACCCGCUGUGUCUUGUCGCUCUUCGACGCACCAGCAGCAUUCAAGAUACCACCAAGACAUUUAUGGCAUCUCUGACCAUUUCUGAUCUCUGUGCUGGGAUCUUCUGGGGAAUUCCCAAACUGAUUGAAUACGCAUCUGUGGUAACACCAGAACUGGCAGACUUCCUUUGCGUGAUGAUUGACCUGGUGGCCCCUUUACUUUUCACCAUCAGCAUUCUGUCCCUACUGCUUAUGACGAUUGACCGCUACAUCGCUAUCGUCCAUUCGCUGCACUACCCGAGUCUCAUGACCCCUCAGAGGUCAAAGGUCAUAGUUGCCCUGGUAUGGACAGCAGCUCUCGUCCUACAGGUUGCUUUGUAUUUCGCAACUGCAGUACAAAGUUCAAAACUCUGCGAAUCUGUUUGUAACAUUUGCAAUUAUAUGCUCCUCUGUACAGUCGUAAUCUCUCUUGGUAUCAUCCUGGUGUUUUACGCACGUAUCUUGAAAAUUGCCCGGCGCCAGGCACGUCUCAUUGCUGCACAGAAUCAAGUUGCCAACCCUCAAGGAGAGCAGAAUGCCCCGCAUCGAGUCAGCACCAGGUCUGCUACGACAGUGAUCAUUGUGACUGGAUCAGCGUUCAUUUGCUGGGCUCCCCAGAUUGUGCAUGUCAACCUCAUGCAGGAAGUGGAACAAUAUCCGUGUGUCAUCAUUUAUAUCUCAGAAAUCUUAUUCUUGACCAACGGCUGGCUGAAUGUCCUCAUUUACUACUGGCGGAACAGGGAGCUACGGGCAGCAAUGCGCAGCUUGGUAACAUCACAUCGCCGUUAACUGUCAAACUAACAGCAAAAUCAUGGAGAGAACCUUAACUUUUUACCAGCUUGUAAUCUAUAAAUAGGCCUCAACAAACAUUUUUGUUGAGGAUUAUGUGAAAAUGCAUUGACUUCAUCAUCUGGCCUGAGUCAGUUAUCUCAGUGUCUUUAUCUCAGUGUUUAUGACUUUCUGAUGUCUCCAGCAAGUUUUGGGUGUGUCCUCAAUUUGGGUGUAGGCCCCACACCUCU